AUGUUCCGUGAUUGGAUUCUUGUUAACUGCUUUAAUAUUAAUUAUUUCAUUUGCAGUCGACCAAUAAAUAAAGAAAUGGAUGAAUUAGGAAGGGCGCAAUGUAUGUGUCAUAAUGGUUAUCAUGGAAGUUUUUGCGAUCAGUCCUUCAACAUAUUUGGUAUAGCAUUUGAAUCACAAAGUAUUAUCUGUACCGAUAAUCAGUUCGAAUUUUCAUGUCCUAGUGAAGGUUCAAUAUAUGUCGAUUUUGCUGCAUAUGGAAAUAUUGGAAUUAGCUCCUAA